CCCAGAAUGAUAUGAAUAUGAAAUAUAGUAAUACCUUGACACCUGGAGACUUGAUGGUCCGUGGAUUGUUCACUCUUCCCGUCUUGGAAGGCGGACUUGAUCUCAUCAUAUGCAGCACAGUCCAUUCUACUGGACAGAUCCAUAUAUAGACAGGCAUUGGAGUACUGUGCCAUGUAUAGAGAAAACACGAGUUCCGAUAAGAUCUUAUCAGUCUUAUCGUUGGCCGGAGAGCCCCACUCUUGAACUUUUUUUGUUACUUCCAUUAAUGAGUUACUAACAAGCCGCUGCGUGACAAUCUCGGUGCUCCUAGAAAAUACAACUCACAAUCAUACCAGGCCAUCAGUCACAAUGGGCAGCAAAAGAAAGAGAGCCGAGCCCACCAAUGGUGCUGCCAAAGAAGUGCAGGCAGCCACCAAGAAAGCCAAGAAAACGGAGCCCUUCACAAUCCAGAUCGUAGCCGGCUCCUACGACCGCGUCCUCCACGGCAUCACAGCAACCAUCACACCCGACGACGACAGGACAGAAUUCGCCGACACGUUCUUGUUCAACGCCCACACCUCUGCUAUUCGAUGUAUAGCCCUCUCCCCUCCCUCGGCUCCCGAGCCCGGCAAGAGCCAGAAGGUCAUGCUGGCCACAGGCAGCACCGAUGAGCGCAUCAACGUCUUCAAUAUCUCCGCCCAUCCGCCUAGCAAGAAGAGCCAGGAGGAGCAGGACUUGCUGUCCAAGAUCGCUCCUCGCAAGAUUCUCGAAAACGCAAAGAACCGUGAGGUUGGCGCCCUGCUCCACCACAGCUCGACCGUCACCAAGCUGUCCUUCCCAACCAAGGGAAAGCUCAUCUCCGCCAGCGAGGACUCGACCAUCGCCGUUACGAGAACAAGGGACAUGACGCUCAUGUCAUCCAUCAAGGUUCCUAUCCCGAAACCCUUGGGCCGGCCGAGCGGUGACACGGCAGCUAUGGGCGGUGCGCCGUCCGGUGUCAAUGAUUUCGCAGUGCAUCCCAGCAUGAAGCUUAUGAUCAGCGUGAGCAAGGGCGAGAGGAGUAUGAGACUGUGGAAUCUUAUGACGGCGAAGAAGGCCGGUGUGCUCAACUUUGGAAGAGAUACGCUUGCCGCGAUCGGGGAAGGGCGGCAUUCUUCCGGCGAGGGCAGGAAGAUCGUCUGGGAGCCGCAGGCUGCCGAGGAAUUCGCAGUGGGUUUCGAUAGGGACAUUGUCAUCUUUGGCAUGGACGGCACGCCGAAGUGUAGUGUCAUGCCUGACCAACGGACCAAGGUUCAUGAGUUCAUCUACACCAAAUUGGGCCAGAAAGAGGAGGAUGGUUCAAUACUAGCCGUAGCGACUGAGGAUGGCAGGAUCAUGUUCUUUUCCACAAAGCCGGAAGACUUGAGCGAGAGGACAGCAGCAUCCGGUGACAAGAAGGCACCGACACUAUCAGUCGCCAAGCACAUUGCACAAUUAGGCGGCAAAGCAGCAGGGGUCCAAGGACGGAUCAAAGACUUUUCCGUCCUGAGAGCAUCCGAAGACGGCGACGAGCUCUUUUUUGUUUGUGGAAGCAGUGAUGGCAAGAUCCGGGUUUUCAAGACCGGUAUUACCGAGCUCAACAAGGCCAAGCAGAUCGGGGAGAAGGAAAAGAAGCAAGUUGGCAAGUUGUUAGGCACUUACGGCACCGAGAACAGAAUCACUUGCCUAGAGGCAUUUGUUAUGAUACCCAGACCAGAAGGAGCGGAAGAGAGCGAGGAUGAGUUUGAGGAUGUCGACUCGGAAGAUGAGGAAGAGGACGAUGAAUAGUAUGAAGAACAAAGCGAAUGAUUAAAUGCAUCAAACAAUGAUCCAGCAUAUGUGUGCUUCGCCCUUUCUUCCAGUUGUAAAUGAUCAACGCCUUGCAACACAUCAUCUGUGGCAUCAUCAAACCUCCAUGUGCCCCUCACUUAAUGUCUUGGGAGAGUCUUGUAGAAUUUUCUCCGGCCCAACGCUAUCUCUGUUGCGACUUUCAAGCUCUUUCAUUCGUCUGUCUCUGU